AUGGUGGGCUGGGAAGGUGGCGGCUCUGUGUGGGUCUCCUGCGGCGCUGCCGCCGGGCAGCUCGAAUACUUGGUGUUGGAGGAGACGGAGCGGGGAGUAGCUGCAGGCAAUGUCGCCGCGGACUUGAAACUGUCGGCAGCCGCUCUGUCCUUGAGGAACUUUCGCCUCCUUUCCAGUCCCAAUGAGCCCUACUUCGGAGUGGACGCCGCCAGCGGUAACUUGGUGGUCCGAGAGCCGGCGGACCGCGAGCGGCUGUGCGGGGCCAAAGCUGCCUACGUCCUGACCUAUGAGCUGAUACUCCGUGACCCGCUGGAGCUGGUCGAGAUGCGCGUUCACGUCCUAGACACCAGUGACAACUCGCCUCUUUUCUCUGCCGGCGACGUGCAGCGCCACAUCCCCAAGUUCCUGACACCCGCAGCCCGCUUUACUCUCCCCAACGCUCAAGAUGCCCAUGAGGGAAGCAACGGGGUGCUAAGCUACAGCCUCAGUCCCAGCCAGCACUUCCGCCUGGACAUGGGGGCGCAGGUGGACGGCAGGGAAUACCCAGAGUUGGUGUUGGAGAAAACGCUGGAUCGCGAGCAGCGCGCCACCCACCGCCUGGUGCUCAUGGGUCGGGACGGCGGGCGGCCCACGCGCUCUGGAGACGCACAAGUCACUGUCAUCAUGGUGGACACCAACAACAACGUGCCUGUAUUUGAGCGUUCCGUAUACCGCACGUAGAUUCCAGAGACUGCCCCCAAUGGGACUGUGUUGUUCCGACUUUAGGCCUCGGACCCAGAUGAAGGCUCAAAUGGGGAAAUCUGGCACUCCUUAAGCAAUAGCACGUGAGCAGAGCUGAGACACCUUUUUCACGUGCACCCUAGAAGUGGGGAGGUACGUGUAUCUGCGUCACUAGGUCCCCCUGAAAGGCUGUUGGAGGCAUACAUCGAGGCGAGGGAUGAAGGCACCUCUGGCCUAGCUAGCACUGCUACACUGCCGGUGGAGGUGACUGACGUGAAUGAUCAUGCUCCUGAGGUGAACCUCGUGAGGUUAUCCAGCCCGGUUCCGGAGGACGCCGCCCCUGGCACGGUGAUUGCCCUCCUUAGUGUAAGGGAUGAGGACCUCGGUCCCAAUGGUAGGGUCACCUGUAGCAUAUCCAGCGGAGGCCCUUUUCAGCUAAAGGUUUCUUUUGACAACUUCUACAGCCAUCUGACUGAUCGGCCGCUGGACCGGGAACAGAUGAGCGAAUACCAGGUCCUAAUCACCGCUUCAGAUGGUGGCUCGCCCCCGCUGAGCACCCGCAGAACACUGACUGGGUUUGUUGCUGAUGUGAACGGCAAUACACCAAGCUUCCCGCAGCAGCCGCAGCAGGAAAUCUUUGUGGCUGAAAACAAUGGCCCCGGGGCCUCCCUGGGCCGCCUGUUUGCCCAGGACCCGGACCUGGGGAAGAAUGGCCUUGUCUUCUAUGAGCUGUUGGAUGUUAAUGCUGAAGACCCGCCAGUCACUAGCUUGGUGGCGGUGGAAUCGUCCAGUGGGGCUAUCCCUGCCAAAACUUCCUUUGACUUCGAGCAGCUCAGGGGGCUUCCCUUCCAUGUGGAAGCCAGAGAUGGUGGCAUUCCUCCCAGAAGUGCAACAGUGACUGUGAACUUGUUUGUAGUGGAUAGGAACGACAAUGUUCCAGUCAUCUUGCUUCCUGUGCCAAGGAAUGGCUCUGUACCAGUGGAAAUUGUGUGCUGCUCUGCCAGAAGUGGACAUUUGGUCACAAAAGUGGUAGCAGAGGAUGCGGAUAGUGGCUCCAAUGCAUGGCUUUCCUACCAUGUCUCUCAGCCUUCUGAUUCUAGCCUUUUCAGUAUUUCAGCUAGUAUGGGAGAGCUUCGGACAGCUCGCUUAGUUCUUCCCACUGAUGCAAUUAAGCAGAGAGUGGUGGUAGUAGUUCAGGACCGUGGAGACCCACCACUUUCCUCCUCCAUCACUCUGGAUGUGUUGUGGAGCAACUCUGCCCCUUGGGUCCUUCCAGACUUCGAAGAUCCCUGGGAAACAGGAGGGCAGCUUUCUGCCCAGAACUUGUAUUCAGUCAUUGCUCUGGUCUGUAUUUCCUUUUUAUUUCUUGAAUGCUUUUUCUUCCUGAGCAACAAAUUGAACCAGAGCCUAGCUUGUUGCUCUCAGAGCUGCUAGGCAGUGUGCUGUUGCUCUCCAGAGGAACUGAGGUAUGGAAAGAGGAUGACUUCAAAUCCUUGCAUGACAUCAACAACAAUAGAUGUCACUGCAGUCGAGAGAUUGUCUCGGGCGUAUCUCUAUCGGGCCUUUUUGGGACUUGGUUCUGGUAACAACCGUUUGCUGUUGUGUGGGGAAUACAGUGCUGCUGACCUGAGAAAUCUGGCCACUGGGGUAGGCUGUAUUCAGAUUUGGAAUAGGAAAGGAGAUCAUGCAAAUAUCAGUGCCAUGGUAAGCAAAUGUUAUGGGACUUGAUUCCCCUUGACCAGAAGGGGGCUGCUAGCUGUGUUCUGAACUGUUUCUAAGAUGAGCCUUUGGUGGCAUUUAAUCAGUUAGAUUGAACACACCUGCUUACGACCCCAGUGCUAAGAAUUCUGAGAGUCUAAAAGUAUUAGAAAACUGUCCUUGGCCUCAAGGAGCUUACAGUUUUUUUUUUUUGGAGGAGAAACAAGUCUGAAAAACCUCAAACCUAUUAAAAAACAAUCAAAAUAAUAUAGCCUAAAGUUGCAAAAU